AUGGUAAACAACGUCUGUAUCAUUUUGAUGGACCAGUCACUGAAGGGUAAGCAAAUAUUUUUCGUCUAUCACGCAUCUGUCGACUCACUCACGACGCUACUGAAAUCUUGGCAACACGAAUUGAAAAACCGUCUAUUACUUUCGUCCGAAGCUGGUGCUUGUGAAGCUGAGCAAACGGCUGUUUCCACUUGCACCGUUGGAGCUGGGGACUUCCCAAACUUUGACGAAGACACUGAUUCUCUUGAUACUCUAUCAAUUUCGUUAGAUGGAAUUGAGAGUGGCGUUGUUGAAGCUGUACAGUAUCUGAUUGAUUGUGUUGUGGAGGAAGAGGAAAGUGAGCUGGAUAACCAACAGCAACUAGAAUCCGCACUUGCUAAUGCACCACCUGAAGGAGGGCAUGUUCUUUUUAGAGCUGACGAGGAGUCUGAAGCUGAAACUUCUACGACGCCUGGCACAACCCCGAGACCUCGGCAUGAGAGCGGCGAACGACCUAUGCCAAUUGGAGACUCCGUAGCGAGGUUAGAAUUAGAGGCAUUGUCCAGGCAAAUCGCGGCAAAUAUCUUUGCGGGGCAAUCAUGUGCAUCGAGCUUGCAAUUGGCAUGAAA